CAAAAAUUGUACUGAAUUUAAUUUUAAAAUUUGUCACAUUGUGUUCUAUUUAUCGCACGCGCGAUUGGUUGAUUUGUUUUAAGUUUCAUUUAAACAGAACAAUCGAAAAUUGUCAUAAUAAAUGCCUGUUUUUUUAUAUAACUGCAGUAGUAUUUUCUGUACUUAAAGUGAAAUGAGUGGACCUAUUUGAAAUUUGUUAAAAAAAAGAGGGAAAAUUCUAGUGCAGUCCAGUGCAGUAAUAAAAAACGAACCCUGGGUUGUUCUCUUCGCGGCAACAAAGAACUGACCGAAAUCACAAAAGACGCGACAGUAUGGCGACCUUUGUACCGCACGUGUGAUCUUUCUGGGCAUAUGCCUCGCGCAGAUAAAUGUGAAUUGGUCCGGAUACGCCUUUGAAAGGUUAGAGAUUACUCUCCACAAGAUUCGUGAUUACGGGACUGUGACGUUACGCGGCCACUGCUUUGACGGAAGGCCAAUCGGAGUGUCGAGUGAUAUAUAACGUGUCAGACGACUGCUGGAUCGUCACUCACGUCGCACACCCUGCGCUCCAAGUGCUCCAACUGUAAACAAAGAUAUAUUAAAUUUUGUCGCCUAUAUAAUUUUCUCUUAUAUGCAGUCGUGCGGCUGAACGGACACGGCGUGACACCACGUUUCUCGGAGUUUCUAAUCCUCCGGGAGAACGGCCGGAACCUUGGAACAAAAAUUAUUUAAUCUCGCGAACAUGGAUGAUGAUGAUCAUUAUCAAAGCGGUUAUGACGACCACUAUCAAAGCGGUUCCUUUCCAAAGGAUUUCGGGUAUGCGCCGUUCGACGGUGAAACUGAGGGAUCUAUGGAUCCAUUAGCUGGAGAACAAAAGCCUAGAAUACUUUUGAUGGGUCUCAGACGAAGUGGCAAAUCGUCGAUACAGAAGGUGGUAUUCCACAAGAUGUCACCAAACGAGACGUUAUUCUUAGAGAGUACAAAUAAAAUAAUUAAAGACGACAUAAGUAACUCGAGCUUCGUACAAUUUCAAAUAUGGGAUUUCCCUGGACAAAUCGACUUCUUCGAUCCUACUUUUGACAGUGAUAUGAUAUUCGGCGGUUGCGGGGCACUGGUGUUCGUGAUAGACGCGCAAGAUGAUUACAUGGAGGCACUCAAUAAGCUUCACGCGACAGUUACGAAGGCGAACAAAGUCAAUCAAGCGAUCAAGUUUGAAGUUUUUAUCCAUAAAGUGGAUGGACUGUCUGAUGACUGUAAGAUGGAAACACAAAGAGAUAUACACACGAGAGCCAAUGAUGAUUUAGCAGAUGCUGGGUGCGAUCAGAUACACUUGAGUUUUCAUUUGACCUCGAUAUAUGAUCAUAGUAUAUUUGAAGCAUUUAGUAAAGUUGUUCAAAAGUUGAUACCACAGCUGCCUACCUUAGAAAAUUUACUCAAUAUACUCAUAUCAAAUUCAGCGAUUGAGAAGGCAUUCCUAUUUGAUGUUGUUUCAAAAAUAUAUAUAGCAACAGAUAGCUCACCUGUUGAUAUGCAGAGUUAUGAACUAUGUUGUGAUAUGAUUGACGUUGUUAUCGAUGUUUCGUGCAUAUAUGGAUUGAGAGAAGAUUUAGAAGCCGCUGCAUUCGAUAACCAAAGUUCCAGUUUAAUUAAAUUAAAUAAUGGCACAAUCCUGUACUUGCGUGAGGUGAAUAAGUUUCUAGCGUUGGUCUGCAUCUUACGAGAAGAUAAUUUUGACAGACAAGGUGUGAUCGACUAUAACUUUCUUUGUUUCCGCAAGGCAAUACAGCAGGUAUUUGAAUUACGAAACAAAGCAUUAGCCGCGACAAACGCAACCAAUCACUCAUCGUCGCCUGUUAGCACAAACGAAACACCAAACGCUCCCACAGUGUCACAAACUGGAACUAUUGGACAGAAUGGUACCGUUGUAAUUGCGCAGAGUUAAUCUUUAUGUGCAAUCUGUAUAGAAUCUAUUAAGCACGAAUGUAAUAUAACAGACUUUAAUAUUAACUUCAUUUAUUAAUUAUUUGGAGAGAUCUCUUUUUUGCAAAUAUAUACGUUACAAACACCACACAUCUUUUUUCCCUCUUAAUAUUAUACUUUUUGUAAUAUAUUAUUAAACAUGAAAUAUAUCUUUCACAUCAA